AUUCAAUAAUGUCAGAAUAUUUUAGGAAAUACAUUAAAAAAGAGAAUUAUGGAAAUCAUUAGUAAUUUUAAUAUAUCUAAUUAUUAGUACUAAUAUCAAAUAUAAAACAUCUUUUAGAAAUUGUAUUUUAGAAGUAUAAUUGCAUGAAUAAUGAAAGGCAUUUAAGAGGAGAAAUUGGAAAGAAACUGAUGGUGACGAUUGGGAUGUUAUGUGGGCUGAGAAGGAAUGGAUUCAUGAAGUAAUGGAUCAUAUUCACUUAUAACCUCAUUAAAAAAUUAAUCAUUUUCGCAAUCAUUAUGAGGUAAUCAUGUCCAAUUUCAUUUAGUUAACUCGCAAAGAUCUUAUGAUAAAGAAUUUAAAGAAAUAAAGGAGAGCCUUAGAAAAAGAAGGUAAAAUUGAUGAAGCCAAUGCGUAAUUAAAGUAAUUUAACGAUUUAGUUAUAAUUUUUUUCCACUUACUUACCAUUUACCUAGUGAAUAUCCCAUCUUUAAUGAGGAAUUCAAAAAGCAAGGCGAUAACAAAACGGCAUGGAUUAUGAAACCAGUAAAAUAUUGAUCUAAUUACCUUCUUUAGAUAGGCAAAUCUUAGGGAAGAGGCAUAUUCUUAUUUAAUAAAAUAUCAUAGAUUUCCUAGUGGAAGAAUCAAGUGAAGUUUAAUCCUGAGAAUCCCUCUGCAGAAUCCUAUAUAGUUUAAAGAUAUAUAGCUGAUCCCCUAUUGAUUGGAGGCAAGAAGUUUGAUACUAGAAUCUACUUGCUGUGUACAUCCUAUCAACCUUUAACUUUAUACCUAUAUCGUACAGGGUUUGCUCGUUUCACUCAUCACAGAUAUGAUAAUGAAGACAUCACAAAUGCUUGUAUACUUAUUACAUGAAGAUUUAGAUGUCCAUUUAACAAACGUGGCCAUCCAGAAGAAUUCAGAAAAUUACGAUGAAAAACUAGGAGGCAAAUGGGAUUUAUAAAAAUUGAAGCUAUACCUGAUGACAAAGUAUGGGUAGGAUAAGGUUUAAGAAUGUUUUUAUAAUGUUCAAUAACUGAUGAUUAAAUCUUUAUUAGCAGUCCAAAAAAUCAUCAUAAACGAUAAACAUUGUUUUGAACUCUAUGGGUUUGAUAUCUUAUUUGAUUCUUAAUUAAAGCCUUGGCUUUUGGAAGUGAAUGCAAGGUAUAAAACAAGUAAAUUAACAAAAGUCCUUCUAUGACAUCUAAUACUCCUAUUGAUUUUGAAUUAAAAUGCGGAUUAUUGGAUGAUGUUUUUACAAUUAUUGAUCUUGAAAAGAUAUUGACUGGAAAUGAGGAACAAAUAGGAGGUUUCGAUUUGAUUUAUAAAGGAGGGCCUAUAAAAAAUAGUUAUGUUGUCUCUUCAAUAUCAUUUCUUGGUACUUUUAAUAACAGAAAACUACAAUUAAAGAAACUAGCCAAGGCAUGUGGUAAGCAAUUGUGAAUAUUAAAUAAGCAUUGAAAAUGGCACAUGGGAGUGAAUAGCAAUAGCUAAAAAGUUCUGAAGUAAUGAAAAAGGAUAAGGAAGAGAAAGAGAAAGAAAAGCAAAUGAGGAGUUCAUCGAAAAGUUCAUAGAUUGCAUAAGUAGUAUUUUGAAUUGAUAAAAGAACUCAAAUAAUCCAAACAAGGUUGUUAUACAGUAGAAAGUAGUAACGAACAUCAAAAGAAACUCUACAGAUCUGCCAAUCUUAAUGAAUAAAUAAAAUGGCAUAAGGAAGUUGGCAUUACAAAACAGUCAAUAAAAACAGAAAAUACAACUAUCACAAUAGAAAGGGGAGUAUCAGAUUUGUAAUUAGAAUAAAGUGUAUGAAAUUUAGCGAUUAAUUUAGAACAUCUUAAUUAAAUAAUUCUUCCUUCAGUCCGAAUAUUAAAAUGGAGAGUACUUAAAAUCAUCAGAACAAUUAGUUACCAAAAGAUAGUUUUAGAACAUUACCAAAAAUAGUAAAAGACGAAUCUUACAUUUCAGAUGUUUGAAUUAGAAAUUGUAAUCAUA